GCUACUGCAGGUCCGUAAAGUCUUCUGUUAUUCGCCCACGCACUUUGGCUUCCACACCAACCUCCUACCGACGUCGGCCAUGGGCCGGUUCCCGACGAUAGGAUCCCCAUGUGCUGUUACCUUAUCUAGCACUAAAAGCGUGAGCGAAAAAAAUUCAUAGCGGCUGAAGGAGAGAAAUCUUACUAGCCGCUAAGCAGCGACCUGGACUUGAAGCCAUUAUAAAGGCCCACCUCAUUCCAGAGAGCUUUUACCCUCUUUCCUCUCAUACUACUAUCAAUUUAUACUACUACCCAAAGCAAACAAUCUUAGCACCAUCUGCCAACCCUCACUAUGAAGUUCACUAGCUUCGCCAUUGCCGGUCUCAUUGGCUGCACUGCUGCCUUGCCUCCAUUUGCCGCUUCUUCUACUCCGUCCAGCUCUGUUUCUGUUUCUGUCACCCCGAGCGCUUCCCCCAGUUCAUCCAGCAUCGCCUUCGUCGGUCUUAGCAAGCGCUCUGAGACCCCUUCAAGCUCUGCAACUCCCUCCAGCUCGGCCUCUAUCGCUACCCCAUGGGUAUUCCACAAGCGUCAAUUUGCCACUCCCUCCAGCUCUGGUAUUGUGUCCAGCUCUGCAACGCCAUCCAGCUCCUCUUUCGCUGCCCCAUGGGUCUUCCAUAGACGCCAGUUCGCCACCCCCUCCAGCUCUGCGACUCCUUCUAGCUCGGCUUCUGCCACCCCCUCAAGCUCCGCUACUCCUUCGAGCUCUGCGUCCGUAACUCCCACCAGCUUCGCCGUCCAGAAGCGCAAGUUCUCCGGCUCCAGCAGCUCUUCUUCCGCCUCGCCUUCGUCGUCUGCUACUCCUUCCUCCGCGACUCCUUCUCCCUCUGCCUAAGCCCUAGAGGUUUGGAGUAUUGCCAUAGGAGCAUUCGUCAUGCCUUACCACAUGGAGUACAUUACAUCCUGUACUCUCCUCUCGUACCGCCCGG